CUAGUACCAAUAUUAUGACUGUGCAAGUCCCGUUCAACUCGGCAUAAGCUACUCGUAGUCAGCACAAUUGUUGACCUUGGUUUAUAAAGCGAGUAGUAUCUCUGGUAUCUAGCCUUUCAGCAUCCUCUUUCAACCUCCCAGGCGUGUUGCGUCUCUUCGCGCCUUACCCAAAAACACAAUGUGCCGCCGUCGCCAAGUCAGGAAUGUCUACCUCCAAUGCGGUCAUACCGUCAACCUCCCUGAAGAAAUUAUUCGAUGCGAAAAUUCCAAAUGCAAGUUUAGUCUAUUCCAUCCUAAGAGCUGCAAACCACCAGUCUGUCUGCAUACCUGUUGGCAAUACCUUCGCUAUCCCGAGCAGUAUUCCCCCAACAUCAACGGAUUUUGCCCUUCCUGCCAGUGCUACUGGGAAAUGCAAUACUACCAAGGACGUCAUUAAACUAGGAUUUACAUAAUUACAUGGACUCGGACCCUACGAUGACCAGCCUUCGACUCGAAGGAUAAGUAUUUAAAUAAAGUACUAGUAGAAAUCCUGUGGAAUGCAUGCCCCGUAUUGCUGAAUCAGCAUUUUGACCACAAGUAAGAAUCCGAAUCUAUUUUCUGCGAAGCGCUCAGCGAUCUAUGUA